AUGGCGCUGCUCUCCCUCGUUCUCACCACUCUCCUAGCGGCAGCGCCAUGCUACGCUAAUACUGGGUGCCCAAGUUCAUUGCCGUCGACCCCAUCGGUUACGACAAGACAUGGGACACUGUUGGGUGGAAAAUGCAACACAACAGACGUAAACUUCUUCUUGUCUAUUCCUUACGCAAAUCCUCCAAAGAGGUUUCACGCUCCUGCGCCAUAUACUGAAGUGUUCAACAAACGAAACGCAACGGUUGCCGCUCCGGCCUGUCCGCAGUUUGGGACGACUUUCAUUGAGACAGGAGCGCAAUCUGAAGACUGCCUCUUCCUUGACAUCUGGGUUCCGGAGCACAAGCCUCAUGAAUCCAAGCUCCCUGUCAAGAUAUGGAUCUUUGGUGGCAGCAAUGAGGCAGGAGGUAUUUCCAAUGCAAUGUACACAGGAUGUUACGCUGCCGAGAACGCCAUUCAGGUCAAUGUUAACUAUCGAGUUGGACCUUUGGGCUUCCUGGCGGCUGACAAGGCUGGAAUCGGUGGCAACUUUGGCAUACAAGACCAGCUUCUGGCGCUAAAAUGGAUCAAGGAUAAUAUCAAGUCCUUUGGCGGCGAUCCUGAUAAGAUGGUUCUUUUCGGACAGUCAGCUGGCGCUUUCAAUACUUUUGCCAUUGCGACUAUGGAUGAGGCCCCUAGUCUGAUCAAUGCUGCCAUUAUGGAAUCGGGAGGUGGUAGCGAUUUUGCAUCUGUUGCGGAGGCUCAACCUUGGAAUGAUCUUUUCCUUACUGGUCUGGGCUGCCAGCCAUCAGAUUUCUCCUGUAUCAAUUCUAAGAGCGUAGCCGAGAUGCAAAAAGCUAUUUUACAGAUGCCCGCUGGAGUUGGACCGACAAUCGGUAGCCCCAUCUCCCAUCUCGGCCGAGGCUUUAGCUGGGGACCUCUUGUAGAUGGCAAAGUAAUUCCCAAGGCGCCUGCUUCAGCCGGUGUCAAGGUUCCAUCUGUUUUCGGCUCGACCACGUCAGAGGGCAUGCUCUUCGUUUUGGCUACCUAUUCGCAAAACUUGACAAAGCAAACUCAGGAUACUUACGACGACUUCUUGGGUUAUCAGUUUGGCCCGCUUGCGUCGCGCGUCAAUUCCACCUAUCCGCUCUCCAAAUUUCCACCAACCGCUUCUGUUCCCAACUCUGCCGACGCUGCCAUCGGUGCCAUUUACACUGACUACGCCUUCAAGUGUACGACCCACAGAGGCCUUCAGAAGGGCAUCGCCAACAGGGUCCCUGUGUUUGCCUAUUCCUUCGCCCGCGUUCCCUCUUGCACUUGGAUGACGUCUGUCCCCGAUGUUCCUUUUGUCCACAGCUUUCUUGGUGCCACGCACACCGCGGAGCUUCCAUUUGUUUUUGGUGUGUUGGACGGGUUACCCGCACCCGGGGGGAACUGCAGCUCUACUGCAGACGACUUACAGGUCAGCAAGCAGAUUAUAUCUUCUUGGGAUAGUAUGGCAGCUGUAGCAAGCCCUGGAGCUCAUUGGCCGCGCUACUCUGGAGGAAGUCAGGGAAGCGAGGCCAUGGGAAUGCUGUAUCUGGCGAACGAGACUGUUGUGGGCGAGAUAGACUACAGCGUUUGCUCAUUUUGGGACGAGAUACGAGAAGAGUUAUUGGCUCUGCAAGCUCAUGGGAAAGUGAGCGGGCCGUAA